GCUGAGAAUGUCAAGCUUCGGAGGCCUUUCUCUAGGUGGAUGAGAUCAUUGCAUCGUCGAGUGAGUCAAAGAGACCACGGAAAAGUUUGGUCUCCAGAUACUGGAUGGGAAAAUCUCGAGUGCAGUGGAGCUUAUCAGCGGUCAAUUCGUCGCAGACUCAGUCGUCGGCUCUCGUCUUCGGGGUCUUCGCUUGGUUUCAUCGAAGCAGUUCAAAGUGCUAGUAUCAGCAUUGCUAGUGCCAGUGCCAUCUCGCGCUCGCGCCGGCAUCAUCGCCUUUCACAUUGUCGGUCACGGACUGAGCGAAGCAGUCGAGCUUCUCUGUCUGCCCCAAGGUUUUCUGAGGACAGUAUUCCGUUCGAAAAGGUCAGCAUUGAUGUUGCUGCCAUCCAGCGUUCUCUGCGGCGCCGGCAGAUUAUCGAGGAGCUCAUCAAUACGGAGGAAAGUUAUAUUGGUGACAUUCGUUUCCUUAUUCAUACCUACAUCAACCUGCUCGCUGCUCUCCCAACUUUACCUGAGCGGCUACGCUCGUCCAUCAAUCACAAUCUCGAUCAAAUUCUUCAGCUCCACGAAGAAAUACUCGGCGAACUACAUAGGGUAGUUCCAGAUUCUGAGUACAGCCAAGCUGACCAUCUUAUCAUAUCCUCCUCAAAAUUAAACAAUCCCAAAACUAGACAUCGCCGAUGGUCAAGUUUGGAUAUGGCCCCAGGCGAUCAAGGUAGCCUCCAGUUACUAGAAAAGGAGCCUGGUGUGUUGUCUGAGCCUCAGGUAGCAGCAGAUGCGGCCAAGAUUUUCAGGAAGGGGAUGCAUCGGUUCUUCAUGUAUAAGGAAUAUGGUGCGAAGUAUGAGAUGAUGAUCAAAGACGCCACUUCAGCUCUGGAAAACCUCCCCGAAUGGGAGUUACAUCAGAAAGGGCUUGAGGCUUUCGCGUUCACUAUGGAGUCAUCACCAUCGUCUGAUAGCAGAAAGGCUCGAACCAUAGGUGAUCUUCUUGUUAAGCCUAUUCAAAGAAUUUGCAAAUACCCCCUUUUGUUUGCAGAGCUACUAAGGUGCACCCCAGUCAUCGACUGUCCAAACUCUCACAUGGAAGUUGAAACUACACUAAUGAGGCUCCGGGAGGCCACAGCUGAGAUCAAUCGCUCAACUGAGGAUAACUUGAUGAAAAGCAUCCUUGAAAAGACCUGGCUAUUGCAGGAUCGUAUCGUGUUUCCAAACAGGAGACUCGAUGCGCAUUCGAAAAAUCAGGUUCGUUCGUUUGGUCACAUUCAGUUGUGUGGAGUCUUGCAUGUAUGUUGGCAGUCACCGGCCGGCGUUGACGGCCAGUAUAUGAUCUGCCUACUCUACAAAGACGUCCUUUGUCUGGCCUCUGGAGGAAAGUUUGAGCCUAUCUACAAGAUUCUGGCCUGCAUUGAUGUACAUUGUUCAGCUGUUGAAGAUGCUGACAAUGGGCGCGGCUUACAAUGCCACCUAGCUCCCUUCUCUUGGAAGCUUGUUUUCGAGAGCGAUCAUCAACUUUACGAGGUGGUAAUGACGGCUUGUACGUCAAGGGAGGAGAACGAAUGGCGAACGCGGUUGCAGCAACCUCUGUGUCAAGAGCCUGUUGGUAGAUAUCCUGGUCUUCAAAUAUUUCUCUCUCUUGACAUUCAAAGUCUAGGCACUGUGUUCGGACGACCUGGAAGUAUCGCGAGGAGCCUAUCGACGCAUCAGGCAUCUGUGGGAAGCUCCGAGCCAUGCCAUGUCAUUCUCAAGAAUACAAGUACCAUGAAAUCUAGUAGUGGUACCAGCUCCGGAGCUAGCCUCCAUCGUUCACAGUCUUUGUUGUCACCAAAAGUCAGAACGCCAGUCCUGGUACCAUCUCGAAGUGAAAGAGCGCGGCUGGAGGUGCUUCUCUCAGACGUCUGGAGUCAAGAUGUCCUUCCUCUUCCUAGCAUGACGAACAUUGCGCGGAAUGAGCAGAUAAUCAGGCGGUCAGCAUCAACCGUGAUGAGAAAGUUGAGUGUAUCCAGCAUGACGAAGAGGUCAGGAAGCUUGUCACGCAGAAUGAUCGAGGACCCAUCGAGUGAAGACCAGACCCGCCAGACCAGUUUUUCAGGCGAUAGUGGCUUUGACAUCUUUGACAAGGCUGGUCGUGAGGAGAGCUCACACUCCUACGCAAGUAAAGGCUCAGCGCUCCCAGAGACUCGAGAGCUCAGCGAGGAGGAUGAUCAUGUAUCGGACAUGUCUCCAAGGCUGGAGCUCACGCAGAUAUCUGAACUCGAACCUCUUGAUUUGAUUGAGAUUAUUUCAGACAAGCAACUGCAAAGUGAGGCAGAAAACACAUCAGCUCUACAAGACUGUAUCACAAACAGGCUCCAGACCAAUUCUCCACCAGAUGAUUCCAGAACAGCAACACUCUCUGUUGCGAAGGAGAACCUGUCUCGCUUGGCUGAUUCCACCGCCAUUCAGAGCACAGAUGUUCCAUGGGAGAAGGAGAAAAGCUCGAAAAACGAAAAGAAGUGCACAGGCAUUCGCAGAUUCUUUCGGUGAGAAACUGUUAUGAGGGCACUGGUUGGCUAUGACGUUUUAUAAAUCUCUAGUAAAGCUGUGCUGUGUUAUCAGUUCAAAGAUGAUGGGAAACUACCUAGGCAUUGGAUUUUAUUAUUAGCAUCACUAAGGUACCUAAUAAGGUACUGAUGUCCAACUAGUCGAUCGUUACGUUACUUUAGUAAGCUUAUGUAGUCUAACUCGGUGGUUUCUGAAUAGCACUUUAAGGCUGGGGGAUUCUCGCC